AUGGAGGACGAAAUGAUUGAUUACGGCUUCGAGGAAGAUAGUGUAAGAGAGAAAUUGAAAGCCGCUAGGGAGAUUCUCCUCUUUAAACUCUUAACUUUCCGUGAUGUUUGAUUUGAAAUAUCCUUUUCGAAAUUCGUUUAGGUGAUGGUUAUCGAUGGCGAAGACGAAAAAUCAAGCGAGAAGGAAAGCGAAAGAAGCCGAGAACUUUUCAUUGAACAAAGUCAAGCCUGUGCUAAGCAUUUUGAGAAAUGGUCAGAAACCCAACAAGUCGAAUUCGUUGAAUUUCUACUUUCGAAAAUGUGCCAUUAUCAACAUGGACAUAUAAAUUCGUAUCUGAAGCCAAUGCUACAGAGAGAUUUUAUAACCGCUCUGCCUGGUAAGUUGAUUAUACCUUUUUGUGCUCAGGCAAGUUUACUUUUCUUUUCGUGACAGGCUUAAGCGAGUACUACCAUUUCGAAUUAAGAUCUAUACGUAAUGGUUUCACCAAACGGAGAACAUUCAGGCGACACUCAGACAAUUCCAUGGGGUUGUUUUGGAAGGACUGCUGUUUUAUCAUAGUCACCUACAAAACUGAUGUGUUGAUUAUAGAGUGUUUACCAUUUUUUACGGGACCUUUUGACAACAGUUAAGUAACUUUUCAUCUGGCAGAGGAAAUUUCCCAAUAUCACGGGAAACCAAUAUCGGUGCUGUGGCAUGUUUGUGUCAAAAUAUUUUCGACUUGCCGUGUUUAGAGAUGGCUUGUGCACCUCACAAUCCAUCGGCAAUUGUUUUCCUGAGUUCUGGGGAAUGUUUAUACAAGAUUUAGCCCCGGCGUACCCUAUAAAAAACUGUACUCUUAAAAAUUAAGUGAAUAGUUAACACAGGGUUAGGAUUUUGCUAAACACGACCUUGAAAUCACGAAAGAUAUUUAUCGUCCAAACGUUAUUUUUCAGCCGGUGAUACAUAUCAUGUUGUUAUCUAACUUGUGCAAUAUCAAGUGAUAACAAAUUAAAGAAGGUGAAUUUAAGAAAUUAUAGAAAAUAACCCAAGGAUUGCAUCUCUAAUGCCACACAUUUCAUUGUUUGGUUCCAAUUUUAGUUUUUCUCUGAACGUUUUUUCUGAAAAACACGAGCCACAGAUUUAUUACUUGUUAAUAGAUCUUUCAAGGUGUUCUACACGCAUGCAUGUACUUGGCAAUCUUUUUUAUGCAAAUCUUUGGUUUCUUUUUGUUUUUUGUUUUUUUUCCAUGUUGUAAGCCACUGAUUUACCGGAAGAUCUUUAUGACCUUAUUAUCAAAACUGAGAGAGUGAUUAGUUCCAGAUUGGCUGGUUUUUUUUGUCUUUUUGUAAUGUAGAAUUCAGCUUUACUCUCAUUUCUGCUCUACAGCUAAAGGUUUGGACCAUAUAGCAGAAAAGAUUUUGUCCUACUUGGAUGCAGAGUCCUUGUGUGCUGCAGAAAGGGUUUGCAAGGAGUGGUAUAGAGUAAUUUCAGAUGGUAUGCUAUGGAAAAAGCUCAUUGAAAAGAAAGUUCGAACUGAUCCUUUGUGGAGAGGAUUGUCAGAAAGAAGGGGAUGGUAAGUAAGGAUAAAUCAUUUAACAUGAUCCUUCAAGCUGCUAAGCUUUGAUCUAAAUUGUGUUUGAGUAGAAAAUUUCCUUAGUUACUUAGCAGUUAUUGUGGCAUACCCGCAGAAUGGUUGUUUAUCUUUUGAUUCCACUGGUGAUGUGAGGUGUAGGAGUUAGAUAUAGGCUACCAGGGUUGUAGCUAAGGAUAUGAGCCACUCAGGUUAGGAUUAGAGUGAGCUAGCUCAAGAAAGGAAUGCUUUAUUGAAAUAACAUUCCCAAUCUUUGGCAUCCCCUUCUCAGCAAGACUUUUUCAAACAUUUUAAAUGAAAAGAUUUCUUUCAAUAUCAAACAACUUAGCAUGCAUCACCUUAAAAUGUUUGCCUUUACUAAGUAAUUGCUGAGCAAAAUAGAGGCAGCUCUCCUGUUACUCAAAUGGCAAGUCUGAGCCAUAGUAGUGGGUGGAUGGCAUUAUCACCUUGCAUCAAAGAUGUAUCAAAAGCAAAGUGUGUCUUUGAGACAUAUGGGACAGAAGUGUCUCCUCUUCAUGAGUAACUUAGUGAUCCAGAUGUAUUAUCACAUGUUUCAAUAUACUCUCCUGGUAUAUGUUAUGAUAUGCUAGAUGUAGUAUCACCAUCUGUUAGUUUGUGAGAAGACUUACAGUUGAGGUGUGUGUCUUUAGGGACAAGUAUUUAUUCAAAGCCCAAGUACCCGAGCUUCCUGACAAUGCUUCCUUUAGAAGACUGUAUCCAAAAGUUAUUGAAGAACUUGAGGUAAAAAAUUAUAUCAAUGUGAAUAAGUAUUUAAUGCUACAAUCAAAGUUGAGCAUAAAACUUUAGGUGACUCUAAAUGAUUUUGCUUAUGUGUAUACACUAAUUUUUUUCACACAUUGAUGCUACCACACUUUUUAAUGCUUUCCUUUUAAACUUAUUUCUCAGCAUGUUUAAAUCAUUUUCCAGCAUUCAACAUUACUAUAGCAACACUAUAUGCUACAAGUACCCUCAAUUCUAGCUUUAUGUGCUUAUAACUUAAAAAUGAGCAUCUUUUAUUUCAAUGUCCUCAUUUUUUAUUGUUAAGAGACAAUCAGCAUAUCAAGAUUCAUUUUAAUACAAAGGCUAUGUGAAAUUUUAAAAAAAUUGAAAAGAAAGGAAAGAAAAUAUAAACAGACCAUUUUGAGCCAGCUCAAAUCAUUGUUCUGGAAACCUCUGUAUUAUUAACAUUUGUGUCUCUUAAUUAUUUACUGUAGACAAUUGACACAAAUUGGCGUUGUGGUCGUCAUGUUCUUCACCGUAUUCUGUGCCACAGUGAGAAUAGCAAAGGUGUCUACUGUCUGCAGUAUGAUGACCAGAAAAUAGUUAGUGGACUUCGAGAUAAUACAAUUAAGGUAUGCAGUCUGAGGAUUAGUUGUUUAAUUGAUUUAUUGUACCUCUAAAUGUUUUUGCAUGCUUAUUUCUGCCUAUUGUUGAUUUAUUUACUUCUAACUUGAUUAUGAAAUGGUAGUCACAUCAAUACAAUUUCUAUUUUAAAGCACUGCUGAAAUUGCAUUUGUAAUUUCACAAGGGGAAAUUAAUUUGUCUUCAUUAACAGUAAUUUAAAGUGGUGAUGUACAUUUUUUCACAAUGUAGAUAUGGGACAAAAACAAAUUAGAAUGUGUCAAAGUUCUAACAGGCCACACUGGGUCUGUACUGUGUCUUCAGUAUGACGAGAAUGUUAUAGUCACAGGAUCAAGUGAUUCCACAGUAAGGUACGUUUCAAAAACUGCCUAGGCUGGCUAAUGAGCUUGGGAAGUUGCAGAAGCACUCUUCUUACUGUCUAAUGUUGUUAGGAAAAGAAAUGGUUUAAGUUUGAAACCUUUUAUGAUGAUUACUCAUGGGAAAUGACAGUCAAUGGAAGUUUCCUGUGUAUUUCUUAAUGCAGAGAGAUCAGUUAAGGAGUUUUUGACGUAGUGAAAUAUUUAGACCUCAAAUAACUUCAGGCAGGAUUUAUACCCUAAGUAGCCACAAACAAAUGAAUUUUUGGACAAUAUAUGAACUUUACUCUAUUCUUAAACAAUUCCUAGUAGUGUCAUGAUGGUUUUAUUAUUGUUGACUUAUUAGAAGGAUCCUCUGGUAAAAUCCUCUGAUAAUUUGAAACCACCAAAGUAAAGUGGUUAGUUUUAGGAUCUGAAAUAGGGCAUUUUCAUAGGGUAACAGUACAAUAAUAAUUUGAAUGUUUUUUGCUCAAUUGGUGAAUCUUGGGUCACAUUUUAAAUUUAACUUGAGUUGUGAAAUUAAAGGAUAUGACUUCUAAUUUCAGUAUUUUUUCUUGGCUGGCACAUGCAUCUUAUCCAUAUAUUAUGUAAUCAUAUAGUUUUGUUAUAUAACUUGCAGGGUAUGGAAUGUUACCACUGGAGAAAUGUUGAACACCUUAAUCCAUCACUGUGAAGCUGUGCUUCAUCUUCGAUUCCAAGAAGGCAUGAUGGUGACCUGUUCAAAGGUACUGAAAUGAAAUUAUCAUUGAUUGCCAUCUUAGAAUGAGUGCCCAUGCCUAAAGAAGAACUCCCCCCUGCCCUCAAAAAAAAAACAACAACAACACCCAUCCCAUGGCCAAGUUUGAUGAAGAUUAAGCACUCCUUUUUAUUAAUAAAGAAAACUUUAUCUGCCGAGAUUAACAUGAAACAGUAACAACCUGAUAAUGUUGUGGCCCUCAAUUCAAGCAAACUGAGAAUAAAAGUAGUAAAUAGAUGUAAACAUAGUGUUUAAGAACCCCAACUUGAAGAAGGCAGACCAGCUAGCUAUGUGCAAAGUGCAGCCAAGGAGUUAAAUUCAGGGCAACCAGAGACAAAUACAGUAAGUAUUCUUGUGAUAAACAAUCUCUCUGCCCUGGACUUUGGCUCAAAUUUUAAACAAAUGUCCAGGAGUUUCUUCAAGGAAAUUAGGCAUAGGAAGAUGAAGCAAAUAUAAUGUAUUAGUUUUACUUUGAAGGAGUCACCUGUACCAUCCUUGAUCAUGUCUACCCUUCCAUUUGAUAAAAUCAUGUUAGUUGGCUUAUCAAACUUCAGUGUUUUGUCAGCAGAACUUCACAGUUUUCCUGCCCAUUUGGGUGAAGGUUUUACAUUACAGGCUCACUUGAAAAGAUUUUCAUCCUUGUUGGUCAGCAAUGGCAUUUGUAGUCAACAAACAAGGCAGAAAUAUCAACACAAUUACACCAAAUUACAGUUUCAGGGUUGUGGACUUGUUGGUAUAAAACUGUGAAGUUUUGGUGUCAAAUCAUUGAAGUUUGAUAGGCCAUGGGAACUGUUUUUAUUGCCUGCAAGGGUAGAUGCAAUUGAAGAUAAGACCAUGCAUGCAAUUUGAACAAACAUUUCCACAUCCCAAGUGACCGCAUUGUGAGACAAAUAAUUACAUUUCUCUUUUGAAAUGUUAUUUACCACAGUGAAUAACCGUAAUCUAUUUUAAGACAUUUUUGGUUUGUAAGUGAAGCACGUUUACUUAAGUUCUCUAAGGAAAAACACAGCAAUACAGGUGGAACAGGUGCUUUGCGACAGUUGUUAUCUCCAGAAGGGAAAUAAUUCUGAGCAAUGUUUGCCUCAAACUUAAAACAUUUCAUGGUGAUCUUGAUAGGAUCGCUCCAUUGCCGUGUGGGAUAUGCAGUCCCCUACUGACAUAAACCUGAGAAGAGUUUUGGUUGGUCACAGAGCAGCUGUGAAUGUGGUGGACUUUGAUGAUAAGUACAUUGUGUCUGCAUCUGGAGAUAGAACAAUAAAGGUAUCAGUGAAACUAUUACUAGGGUUGACCAGCUAAAACUUUUUUUGUCUGGUUGAGGGUCUGGUCAAGGAAGGAGCUUUUAAAAAAUGCUGCUUUUGUAGAUUUAGCAUGAAAAAAUGAUUGUUGUUUGGCUUGAGAAACUGUCUUUAGCUCCUUAACUCAGCAAGUUUCCUCUUAUUUUGCCACAAUGCAUAUUACUACAUGUGGCUGUGUUAAAGGGCUUCGUUGAAACACAUCAUCUGUUCAAAACUUCAAUGGUUUUUCAAAACUGUGUUACAGUGUGAAAAGAAAAAAAAAUCCCAAACCCUACUUUGUUUAGGUCAGCUUGGUUACAUUUAGAACCUGCAUUUCUUUCUUGCUAAGAGGUCGGCCUUACAGUUUUGUCGAUAUAAAAUAAGUUUACACAUCUUUUAACACUCCAUUAUUCUGUAGUAACAAUCUACUGUACUACUGUCUGAUGAAUUUUUACAAGCAUUUUGAUUACCUAGAAUUUCUUUGAACUUCUUACUGCAUAAAGAUGUGACCCAGGCACCCAAGAACUGUAAGGUACCUUGUAAGGAUGCUGUUAACUUAAUUAUACUUACAGUGUUACUUUUACCUCAGGUAUGGAGCACCUCCACUUGUGAAUUUGUGAGAACCUUGAAUGGACAUAAACGUGGCAUAGCAUGUCUGCAAUAUCGUGAUCGUUUGGUUGUUAGUGGGUCUUCAGAUAAUACUAUAAGGUGAGUAACCCCUAAGAGUGACAAGCAUCUAAUUUCUCCCUACAAGAUCACCUCUGAAUCACAUAUCAGGUAACAAGAAUAGAGGAGAUGAUCAUCAAGUAAAGAAGUUCUUGAUUGUUAAACAAAUUCUCCUUGUCAGCAAUGUAAGAAAUGUCUAGAGAACAGGUGAGUGUAGGGAAUUUGCAAACUGAUGUUAGGAUGUAAAGGGUUUGCCUACUGAUUGGGUUUUAUCAUAAAUGUUUUUAAUAUUUCCUUGUGACUGUCAGAGGCCUUUUGAUAGACAUAAUAAAUAACAGUGGAACUCAAAUUAUGUUUUAGUAACAUCUGGCAUUUUUUUGUCUUCAAUGUUAUGGUUUACAACAGAUUAUGGGACAUUGAAUGUGGAGCUUGUCUUAGAGUCUUGGAGGGCCAUGAGGAAUUAGUCAGGUAAUAAGGUUUUUUUUGUGGUAUCUUGUCUUUAAACUAGUCCCUAAUCCUCCAAUUCCCAGAAGUGAUUAACAUGUAACUUCUCCAAUAUAAUAUCCAUACAUUAACCAGCAAACAGGUUAUGAGAAUACUCAAAUUACUACAAGUAGGUAGAAGGAAGAAUUAGCCAUCAGAUUGUGGAAUUUAAAAGGUUAACCAAACAAAAAAUCUAGUGUGAAAGAUUGGACUAAAUUUUGUUGUAUAAAUGUUUGGUUCUCAGGUGUAUCCGGUUUGACAACAAAAGGAUAGUCAGUGGAGCUUAUGAUGGGUGAGGAACUGUUCCUAUCUCUAACUUCAGAAACAAGGAAAACAAGAAAUAUUCAGGCUGUUUCCUCAGUAUAUGAGAUGAAGUUGAAAACAGCACUUUCUCAGAAAAUACAACAAAAGGUUCCCAUUCAUUGUGGAAGAGGAUGAAGUGUUUUUUAUCCCUUUGUGUCUGAUAGAUUUGAAGAAGCAACACAUAUUGUUGGCAGAAAUGCUCUACAUAAUGAUGGUCAAAAAGGGUUUAAAAGUUUUUUGUUUUGGUCUGUUUUCAUAUGGAUGGUUGGCUUAACUGUAUAAAUAAAAGUUGUUGUUGGAAAAUGCAGUUUUUAAUGGUUUUUGUAAGCUCUUUUUUUUGUCAACAAUAAAUCCACAUUGAGUUUUUAGUUGGAAAUUGAAAUGAAUAUGUUUGAGGGCUCUAAUGAAGGAUUGACAAAUCCAACAUGUUGUGUAAUCAAUCCUGAAAUACCUGGUCCAUUUCUAUUGACAGGAAAAUCAAAGUUUGGGAUCUUCAGGCUGCUUUAGAUCCAAGGGCUCCAGCUGGAACACUCUGUCUCAGAACUCUUGUGGUAUGUCACUAUAUCAUGUUGUUAAUUUGUCUUAAACCCUACCUUGUAUCCAGAUAAUGGAACUUCAGCAAAUAGUCAUCUCUUUCCUUUUGGAGUCCAUGCUAUUGCAGACACUAUGCCAUUAUGGACAGAUUCAAUAUCUCUGAAACUGCAUUAGAAUGUAUUGAAACAAUUCAGGCCAUUAAAGAAUUGCAGAUAAUUUCAUGUGGUCCAAAACUAACCUUUCCACCAUUCUACUUGGUGGCCAUGAAUGAAGUUGAUGUAUUGAACAACUAAUUUACUUUAAGUUGUCUAAGAGUGUUCAAUUUGAACAGUAUAUAACACCAUUUUGCAUCAAUUUUGUAUCACAUGAAAGUAAAUUUGAACUACGAAUUAGACAAAUCCAGACAUCUUUUAAGAGUGUUAAAGAGUAGACAGUAUGUUACACUUUACAAAGGAACCCUGUGUUUCCAUCUCCUUGUGCUGUUUAGGCUUUGCUUUUACAGGCACCAAAUGGUGGUCUAAAAGGUGGCAGCUGCCUCAAAAGAUGGCUAUUUUUAACGUUGUUCUAUUUCUCUACAGGAGCAUAAUGGCAGAGUAUUCAGACUUCAGUUUGAUGAUUUCCAGAUAGUUAGCAGUUCCCAUGAUGAUACGAUACUCAUGUGGGAUUUCCUUAAUUACACUCCAGACCAAAAUGGAAAAGCAGCCGUUAGCCCUUUAAGAUGACCUGUUCAUAAUCUACCCCUAGCCCUUUGUUUAUCAUAUAUUUGUACAAAAAAUGGAAACCCUCGAAAAUGAAGAUAGUUGUAAAUAAUUUAUGGCAUAGUAGUCCAAUCAUGUAGUAUUUGGUGCUUACGCUAAUGCAUAUAGAGAGAGUUGUGUAGGGUAAAUCUUCAUGAAGAGCGUAAUAGCAGUAUUACACCAAUAACGUUUAGUUCACUGUUUCAAUUGGGAGAAUAAUGCCCAUAGGACUGCCUGUACAGGUAGAAUAUAACACUUUAAAAAUUGUCCUGUUGGCUGAUUUUUGUAUAUUGCUGUGUCACUUGAUAGUUUCAGUCCAUAAACUGGCAUUGCUGGGCAUGGUCAGUCACAAGUAUGUGUUGAACUUCUGUGAUUUGUGUUUGGCAAUCAAGGACUUCUGUGGCUUAUUCUUAACAUUUCAAACUCCCAGUUAAAUUUCCUAUGCUUAAUUAUUUCAUGGUUAGAUAUCUGUGUGAGAGAGUGAAACUUUCAAGUUCGUUUUCUUUUUAACUCAGUUGACAGAAACCUUCAAUCAAUGUUUUCUUCUACGUAUUGUAAAAUCAAUCCAACAGGACUUGAUAUCUUGGCUUAAUUUGCCAGAGAAGUUGUAGAUUUCUUUGCAGUCUACAUCAGUUGGCAUGAUAAGCUUUCAAGUCAGUUUAUUUGAACACUUUAGGAUUCAACACUGAGAAGUGUCUUCCUUAAAAGGACCUGUGAAGUUUUUUUCCUCUUUUGUCAUCUGCAUCAAAUGAAUUGGAGCUGCUGCUGCAACAACUCUUGAAACUACCUCAAUCGCUGAGUCUUUGCCCCCUGACACAGUGAGCAGUUAACAUUUUGGUUCAUUAUCUUUAUGAAAUUUUUCAUGGAAACAAGGACAUUUGAAAAGGAAUGUUCUUUUUACAGAAUACUGUUACACAUUGUAAUGUAUAAGUUUGGUGUAGCAUUUAAGCCCUUGAUUACUCAGCUUUUUGAUCAACUGUACAUUGCAAGUUUGUUGUGGCUAGUGUAAAAAUUAUUGACUAAUGCUCUUUUGAUAAUUUUCUCUUGGUUUAUCUUCAUCUUUGUCACUCUGACAAAAGCUUAAAAUUAUAUUAAAUUUUAAGGGUAAAGUAGUAUUUGGUCUUAUCUUUUGAUUGUCAUGUUAUGUACUUAGUGAAGAGCUCUAAACUCUAUCAUAUUUAUCUCUCCAGGCCGAAAGCUCACCCUCAUCUCAAUGGUGUAAAAAUAAUGAUGUAUCUUCCAAACAAAUAAUUCUUGCUGUUACUGUUGUCAUUUGUAAGUUCCUAGAAUGGUCGUCAUUCACUCUUUUCCCCGUUAUUUACUUUAUUUCUAAUCAAAAGUAUUGCAACAGUGGUGAGCUUUCCUAGUGAGCUGGUUCCAACUUAGCUUAAGUGUCUUUAAUCUCAUAGGUAGAUUAAAAGCAAUUAUUGAAAAAAGUUACCUAUAUGUGAUGAUAAUUUUCAGUUAAUAGUGCAGUGUCAGUAAGAUUAUGUAAUGAUAUUUACUGUGUGUUGUACAUAAUUGGUGCAUGUCGUCCCUUCAAAUUUUUGUAUCUCUUGGUUUAGUAUACAAAAAUUGUAUAUUAAAUUUUGUUUCACAACUUUAUUUGCUUGAUAGUUUGGCAAGGAUUCUGAGCUGGGACACAACCUUAAAGAAGGCUGUUGUGGGUGUCAUGCAAGCUAGAAAACAGAGG